AUACGUGGCUCUCGUCGACGUCAUUGAGUGUCAAAUGAGUGCUAGAAAUGCAAACAUAUCUGACAUUUGAUGCGUGAAAACGAUGAACGCAUUCAUGAAAAUCAAAACACAAUUGAAAAGAAAAACUUUUAUUUAAUUAAUUCAUUCAUUAAAACCCAAACCACGUGCUAAUCGUGUGGACAACGGAUGAUACUAUCAAAUGGUUGAUCGGCAGCCAAUCACUCCGUAACUAUUGAUCGACUAAUCUGCGACUAUCACCCGUUGGGAGAUCCCGUGCCACUCCCGCAGGACAUCGACAUCAUGAGCGACAGUCACCCGAAGUCGUCGCAAUCGGUGGCCAUCGGGUGCGGCAGCAGUGGUGGGGACGGACCGUCGAUGGGCGAAGUGAACCACAUAUCCAUCCUAUCGGACCACUUGAGCGCCCUAUACCUCGCCGACACCUUCUCGGACAUCACUCUACUGGUGGACGAGCAGCGACUGCCCGCCCAUCGGGUGCUGUUGGCCGCCCGCAGCGACUACUUCCGGGCCCUCCUAUACGGAGGUAUGCGUGAGUCGCAGGAGAAGGAGAUCCGGCUGAAGGUGUCCAGCGUUCAGGCGUUCAAAUAUCUCCUCAAAUACCUCUACAGCGGACACAUUCAGCUCAAGAGCUUCAAGGAGGAGAUGAUACUCGAGAUCUUCGGUCUGUCCCACGAGUACGGCUUCCAAGAGCUCGAGCAGUCCAUCUGCGAGUACCUGAAGGACACGCUCUCCAUCCGCAACGUGUGUGUCAUCUACGACACGGCCAACCUAUUCCUCCUGAAGCCGUUGGCGGACGUGUGCCGCGCGUUCAUCGAUCGCCAGGCGCUGGAUGUGAUCCGUUCGGACGCCUUCUACUCGCUGUCGGCGCCCACUCUUAAAGAGAUGAUUAGUCGCGACUCGUUCUGCGCUCAAGAGAUCGAUAUCUUCCGAGCGGUGAGUGAGUGGACGCAACGCAACACGACGUCCGCUGAUGUGCUCAAAGACAUCGUGUCGUGCAUACGAUUGUCACUCAUUUCGGUGAACGACUUGCUGUCGAUUGUCCGCAACUCGUGUUUAGUGGAUCCCAACGACAUCCUCGACGCCAUUCAGGCCAAGAACGAGUCCAGGGAUACGGAUCUGCAAUACCGGGGCUGCCUAUUGCCGGAGCAGAACGUGGCCUGCAGUCGAUUCAACUCACAGGUACUGAAUGGGGAGAACAGGACCGCCCUCUUGGACGGCGAGAACCAUAACUACGAUAUGGAGAAAGGCUUCACUCGACACCACAUCGACGAGAGCUCCGGACAGGGAAUACUGAUUCAGUUGGGGAUGCAGUGCAUCGUAAACCACAUCCGGAUGUUGUUGUGGGACAAAGACAUGAGAGCCUAUUCUUAUUACAUCGAGAUCUCGAUGGACCUGAAGGACUGGGUGCGCGUCAUCGACCACACGCUCUACCUGUGCCGCUCGUGGCAAUACCUGUACUUUCCGGCCCGUGUGGCCAAGUAUAUACGACUCGUGGGCACCCAUAACACACUGAACCGCGUGUUUCAUGUCGUGGCCUUCGAGUGUAUGUUCACUAAUAAGAAGUUUGAAGUCGACAGAGGAUUACUCGUUCCCAGUUAUAACGUGGCCUCCAUUCGCAACAGCGCUCUCGUCAUUGAAGGGGUCAGUCGUACCAGAAAUGCGUUAAUCAACGGCGACUCGAAGAACUACGACUGGGAUACGGGCUACACGUGCCACCAGUUGGGCAGCGGCGCGAUUGUCGUGCAACUGUCGCAACCAUUUAUGAUCGACUCGAUGCGUCUACUGCUGUGGGACACCGACAAGAGGGCGUAUAGCUAUUACGUGGAGGCGUCGGUGGACCAGCAGAACUGGGCGAUGGUGGCCGACAAGCGUAAGGAGCGGUGCCGGUCGUGGCAGGUGCUCCGGUUCGCCCGGCGCCCCAUUGUCUUCAUACGCAUUGUGGGCACCUAUAACUCGGCCAAUGAGGUGUUCCAUUGCGUGCACUUCGAGUGCCCCGCACAGGGAGCCGAUGACAACGAGUCGGACGAUGAUGACGAUGGAGAGGACAGGGAGGACACGCCUAUUAGUGCCGAUAGUGUCGAGGCCAUGGAGGCAGUCAAUGAUAAGGAGAUACUUGUUGUGGAUCUUAAGGAUAAGAGUGAAGAUUAUGGCGAUAAUGAUGACAACAAUUGAAUCCAGAUUUUUAUUUAUAGUUUUUCUAUUUGUUUUGUAAUUUAAUUGUGAUUUUAGUUUUAAUCGUUUGUUUUGAACAUUAAUUUAUUCCGAAGAUUAUUGUCUUUAAACACAAAUAUUAGCCAUAGUUUCCCAUUGCGUAGGGAACGGUAGCCUUAAUCAAGUCUUAUGAAAACGCAUGCUUACCCCGAUCACUUAUGAAGUGAAUUACUCACAUGACAAUAUAUUUUUGCGUGAAUUAUGUUUAUUUGUGGCCUAAUUAUGCGUACGAUUUGUUUAAAUCGGUUUUUAAACACUACUGUAGUAUUAAGA